AUGUCUAAUCCUACUCAAUAACUUUCAUCUUCGGGAGUAUUCUACACUCCCUCUUUUGGGACACCUGGUAUUUCCUCCUCAUAGGCAAAUAAUGGCCGAAAAAACUGCAAUUGCAAGAAUUCGAGGUGUCUUAAACUAUAUUGCGAAUGCUUUGCAAGUGGCGAAUAUUGCAAAAAUUGCAAUUGCAAUGGAUGCUGCAACAACAUUGAGAAUGAAUCAAUCCGCAAGGAGACCAUAUCAACAAUACUUGAAAGGAAUCCCAACGCCUUUAGACCUAAAAUUGCUAGUCUACCGCCUUCAUCACCCUAAGUUACUCAGAAAACAGGCUAGAUAAUCAAUCCUUAAAUAAAUAUUGGACUAAGUACUCCUAUAGUAGCAGGGGUCAACGAUGGAGUCACUGGAAAGCAUGCUAAGGGAUGCGCAUGUAAGAAAUCAGGAUGCUUAAAAAAAUACUGUGAAUGCUUCCAAGCUGGCAUCUUUUGUAGUGAUAAUUGCAAAUGCUGUGAUUGCAAGAAUUAUGAUGGAUCCCUUGACCGUAGAAUAUUACUUGAUAGUAAUGGCUAGAUUGGUGUACCGAUGUCUCCAACUGUGCCUAACUUAUUUAGGCAAUAGUCAGGCGGCGUCUUUGGCUCAAGUUCUCCUAACACAUUACUUCAAAAUAAAACAGUCUAAUAAACUCAUCAUGGUCAUCAUUAAACUUAUAGUUCAAGUGGACAAGGUCCCUUCAUGAAUCUGUUUGCGAAAUAAUUCUCAGAAUAACCUAAACUAUCAAGUGGUGGAGCAAUAGACCUUUAAUAGCAGUAGGAAUAAAAUCUAAAAUUGUUCAGUAAUGAGUUUGGUAUCAAAUUCACCAAGAUGAAUGUGGAGAAGUAACUAUCUGAUAGUCAAUUACUAUAAGGUAAUAGUGGUAAAUAAACAAAUCUAUCAAAUAAUGGAAAGUAUAUGACAAAUAGUGGAACCAAUUCAACACUAGCAACCACAACAAUCAAAAAUAUAAUUACACCUUCGUUUGAUAAUUGCUUAGGCUUAAGUGUAAUAAGUACAGCAGCCAAUUCAAUAAAUACAUUUAUGAAUGACUCUGACGAUCACAAUAGCAAUCAAAGCCUCUCUCCUAAUUAGGGUGAGAAAGAUGCUACCUAGAAAUAAAAAGAAAGCUUGUUAAAUAAAAAAAGAGACAAAAAGAGGUAAUUUAAGCAAGUCAACUACCUCACAAUGCUAAACUAAAUAAUUGACAAUCAAUAUAUGGAUGAUAAGCUUACGCAAUUUUUAAACAUCCUUGAAUAAAAGAAUCCUGAGUAAUAAAUGCUUGAUUAAAGCUAGUAGCACUAAGAUAUAGAAGAAAAAUAAGUGCUGGGAAAGAGAGUAAGGUCUUUGAGACAUUUGUAUAAAGAGCCAGCUGAUGUAUAGCAGAAAAGACAAAGGAAAUUGCUUAGCUUUUUCCUUGAAUCUAUCAAUGAAUUAAAUCAUAGAUUAGAUAAUUAUCAACCACAACCUAUCAUUAAUACGAUAAAGAAAGAUAGCAGUGCUAUCUAAAUUAAAAAAGAAGAAGUCGAUAAAGAACAAUGA